GUUGCUCUACUCUUUGAUAGGCGCCACUAUUCUGUGCCUAUUCAGUCAAACAACCAUUUUUAAAGAUGGGAUACGAUGGGAAACUUUUCAUGUCUGAUCUGUGUUUAACCUCUCAUUUACUUGUUAAAACAAGUUGUGUUAAGUUUAAUUAAGUGAUUUGAUUAAACAUGUCCACUCCAAAUUCAAUCCAAGACCCUACAGGAGAUCUUGUUGACCCUCCACUCGAAACAUCAUUGUUUGAUAUGAUCCUCACUCAACCAGGUUCACACUUGAUGCAACCAUUUCAUCCUCAGCUUUACGAUGGAGCAAGACAGCCAUCGACCAAGCCUGAUGAAUGGAUGCCAGGCCGUCCAGUACCUUUUAAUCCACCAGGAUUAGAGUACUUGACUCAAAUUGAUCAAAUUCUUGUUCAACAGAAAGUUGAAUGUUGCGAAGUUUUAACCGGUUGUGAGAUGAGAAACAGAUAUCAUAUUAAAAACAUAAUGGGCCAGAAAAUAUUCAAUGCUAUUGAAGAUACCACUUUUUGUACCAGGUUUUGCUGUGGAACAAUUAGACCAUUCAAUAUGAAAAUUAUCGAUUCCGAGGGACAAGAAGUUAUGCAUCUCUACCGGCCAUUGAAAUGCCAAGACUGUUGUUUCCCUUGUUGUCUCCAAAGUAUGCAAGUUACUGCUUCUGGUAUCGUUUGUGGUUACAUUAAACAAACUUGGAGUCUUUGCAAGCCUAAAUUCAAAGUUUGUGAUUCUUCUGGUGAAACAAUUUUCCGGAUUAAAGGGCCAUUUUGCAUCUUUUCUUGUUGCCGUGAUGUUAAAUUUAAAGUAUUAACAAGAGAUGGUGAAAGUGAAGUCGGUUGCAUUACUAAACAAUGGUCUGGUUUGGCUCGAGAAUUAUUCACCGACGCUGAUCAUUUUGGUAUUUCAUUUCCUAUGGAUUUAGAUGUUAAAAUUAAAGCUCUAUUAUUGGGAGCUUGUUUCUUAAUUGAUUUUAUGUAUUUUGAAGAUCCAAAUUAAACCUUAAAACAUUACUUGUGUUACAUGAGUAAUUCAAUGCCACACCUUGUUUAACUUUUAAAUAAAUUGACAUUUUUUCAAUUGCGUUA